CUCCCCGCUUCCACCUUCACUCUGAAAUUUCGGCAAAAGUCCUUCGCAGAAAAUAGUCUUUUUAAACAUUUAUUGUGGCCUUUUAAAUCAAAUUCAUAUUUAUCGUAUCCUAAAGAAUUAAAACGGGCGUCUGGUAAAGGAAUUGCCUUGGUAAUGGCUUCAGAAAGCGAGCGUGUUGAUCAAUUCCAGCAAAUUCUAAAUCAAAUCGGUGGAAAAAGCAACAUUCAUUUAUGCAGCGCUGCGAGCGGACCUGAUGGAAACACCGUCGUGUUACAGGACUUUAUCGCCGAUAUGUUUCAUGAUGGUAGGUAUGAGGAAAUCAGUGGUUCUGUUGGCAACAGCAACGGCGAGAUCAAAAUUCAAACAGCUGCGAAACUCACAGACGCGAGCAUUCCUGAUCAACAACAGUGUGAUCUAUCAGAACAGAAUUCCUCAAUACCUGCCGAUGGUGAAAAAACCGACCCACUCAAGAAUAAAACCGUGAUUUCAAGCAGAAACAUCAGCGGGCAGCAGAGAGCUAUUAAAUGCUCCAUGGUCGUGUUUAUCUUCAGACAUGAUUAUGUUUGUAAUAAAGACAAUUAUUUGUGUUUGAGGGAGAUCAUGAAGGAUGUAAGGGCUCGGAUCAAGAGAAACGUGUUUCGUCCGGCUCUGCUGGGACUCAUUCACACUGACUGCGAUCGAUCGGAAAUCCGCGAGUCACUGGAGCUACUGGAUGGAUCGCUGCGAUCAGUGUUUAUUACUCACACCCAGCAAGCCAUAUGGACCGGCAGAUACGUCACAGAUUCCCCAAAAGUGCUGGAGGAGAUCAAAAGGAAUGCAUGUAAAGCUGUGAAUUCUGCGAUGUCUGUAGAUAGUAGUGCUGGAAGUAAAAACAGUUCAUUUUGGCCCUUGAAAUGUUUGCCAGGAAUACUUCUGAAGGAACAAAGAGGACAUGCCGACCUCACAUCUGGCAGUUGGCAACAAGUCUUUAGUGGUCAUUCAAGAGCUUUCUGUGAGGAACAGACCAUAAUUGAAAUCUACACCUCUACAAAUCUACUUUAUUCUUUAAUGGUGCUUUUUGUCAUUUUGGGGUUUGAUGGCUUCAGUCCACAUUCAUUUUCAUGAUAUGGAAAUCACAUGGGUU